AUGUUGGCUAUCACGAAGAGAAUGAUGAGCACCGAUGUGCGGUCGCGAAUACUGCUAAGCAGCUUAAACGGGGAUAUGCCGGACGCACUGGCGCUGCUGCGUCAGCAGCAGCAGACCAGUGUAGAUGUAGAGCUGCUGCACACGAUGCUAGCACGAGCUGCUGCGCUUGCGCAUGCCGACACCAUAGCAUACAUGUGGUACCAGCAUGUAAUGCCACGCCGACUGCCAGUAGAGGGUCGGCUGCUGUGCGACAUGGCUGGCGUAGCAUUACACCAGGACAAGCUCUUCUUGCCUGCGCAGUUCCUGCGGCACUACCAGGCGAUGAACCGCGACCGUGCCACUAGCCCAGAAGAUGAAAUGGUCGAGUAUGAGCUUAGACGAGUCAAAGUCGAAGCAUUUGCGCGUGGUACAAUAUACACCACGGCACUCAGGGAAAAGUGGAAGGUAUUCUUGCAGGAGAUGGAUACGCUACCGGGGCGGCCGCCCUUAAGGCUGCGCGACUUCCCGCAAUUGACCAGGGCUAUGGGCAUAGCCCUUGCGCAGCAGGAAGAGCAAGUGGCAGCACUGGCAUUGUUUGGACGACAGCCCCUAGUGAUAAAGAACGAAUGGUCGCUGCCGCUCCUAUUGGCUGGUGUCCUAUGGCAUGUUCCCGGCCCAGCACAAGCGCGACGUGUGCUGGCGGAGUUCCGUCAAAGUUAUCGCGGGCUGCCGCUGUUGGAUGCCGAAAUGGUGAUAAAGAGAAGAGGAUUUGAGAUCAACACGUGA